UGUUCAAGAAGUGGUGCGACGAGUACUUCUUCCUUACCCACCGCGGGGAAUCUCGCGGGGUAGGAGGUAUUUUCUUCGAUGAUUUCAACGAGGGCCCGCACCUCCGCCUGCCGAGUCCCGCGAGCGAGGUCAAGCGGCCCGUCAGCCAGGAAGAGAUCUUCGCGUUUGUCAAGGAGCUCGGGGACACCUUCGUACCGUCCUACAUUCCCAUCCUCGAGCGUCGACACAAUCUGCCCUACACCCCCCUCGAGCGUCGCUGGCAGCUAUUGAGACGCGGCCGAUAUGUCGAGUUCAAUUUGGUUUACGACCGAGGGACGAAGUUCGGUUUGAUGACGCCAGGAGCGAGGAUCGAGAGCAUUUUGAUGAGCUUGCCGGAGACUGCUCGAUGGGAGUACAUGACCGAUCUUGGGGCUGAAGGAACGGAAGAGGGAAGACUCAUCGCUGCUCUCAAGGAGCCCAGGGCUUGGGUGUAGA